AUGCUAAAAAUUAAUGCUCAUUCUAUGGACCAAAAUAGAGAUAUAUACGGAUUAAAAAAUUCUAAAAAUUGCGAUAUUGAUUUAAAUGAAGUUGUUAAGUUUGGCAGUGGCAAUGAAAAGAAAAAAGUUGCACGAAGGAGAUGGGGUAUAUUAGCAAAGGCAUUGAAGAGUCCUAGCGGCAGCGAGCCGUCCAGUCCCACCGACGACGCGUCGGUGCGUCGGAUAUCCUCCUUCAUGCUUUUAACGACCGCUCGGCUGAGUUCGGCGCCGGUCGUGCGGCGCGCCGACAACGACCGACAGCUGAACGAGACCAACAAGAGAACGUGGUACAAGUACUCGUUCACGAUCGACGACUGCGAGUAUCUCGUGAACGUCGGACAUCGGGAUCGAACGUUUUCCGCCGAAGAUUUGAUGGGGUUUAACAACACCGGAAACAUAUGCAUAUGGCCGUCCGAAGAGACCCUUAGCUACUACGUAUGCUCGAACCUACCCUUAUUUAACGACAAAACUGUGCUCGAACUGGGCGGAGGCAUGUCCUGCCUUGCGGGCCUCUUCGUCGCCAAAUACGGGUCUGCCAAGCACGUCACCGUCACGGACGGGAACAAAAUAUCGGUCGAUAACGUGCAGGCGACCCUGCAUUGCAACGAAUUCAAGGGCGGGGUCAGCUGCAGGGUGCUCAAGUGGGGCGCCGAAAAAAGCGGCGAAAAAUACGACGUCGUGCUCUGCGCAGACUGUCUUUUUUUCGACGACGCGCGCGCAGAUCUGAUCGACUGCAUCAGGUCGCACCUGGCGCAGUCGGGCACGGCCUACGUGAUGGCGCCGCAGCGGGGCGCCACCUUGGACGAGUUUGUCCGCCAGUCGGAGCUGAAAGGGUUCAAGUGCAGGAAAGUUUUGAAUUACAGCGGCCUCGUGUGGGAUAAGCGCGCGGCUUUGCUCAGCAACUUCGAUUAUAACGACAACAUACACUACCCGAUAUUGAUCGAGGUGACCAAUUUUUAA